UGUUGGUUUCAUUUAUUUAGUCUGUCCCCUCGUUUUUGUGGGGUUUUAGUCAUAGGCGGACUGAGUCUCUUAAUUCGGGAAGGGUAGCUGUGUUAGGCUGUUGAAGCAGGGAGUCUUAUGGCACCUUAAACGUUAACCAGAUUUUAUUGCCUCAUAAGGUUUCGUACCUGCUUUGUGGGCAAAGAGUGGAUUUUCACUAUUUUGUUUUGUACAUAGUCGUUUUGUACAUAGCUGGGUGAAUAAAUGGAAGGUGAAUAAGUCGGUUGUGUAAAAUUUGAAUCCAAGUGUCGGUUGUGUAAAAUUUGAAUCCAAGCCCCCCAAGUUGAGCCAUUCUGUAGCUGUUUUAAGCUCGUUAACAUUUGUAAUGGGUGAGGAAUCCCGGUGUUUCUUAAAAUUGUCAACACCUUUAUUUCACAUUUUAUAGGUUUUAAGUCCUGUAGAAAUGAAUAGAUAUCAUAUUGUGGAGUGGUGGAUAGUAGGUAUUUCUCUUAGUUAAUCUUUUAUGCCACAUUUUAUAUUUACUGUAUUUUAUAUUUGCACAUUUUAUAUUUACUGCCCUAAAAGGAAAAUGAACUCAAUUGCCAUGAUUCAGGGUUCAGUAGAUUUAGGACAUGUGAGAAGAUGUAGAUGUAGAGAAUAUGUUUACUUGUUUAAUUGCCUUUAAAAGGAGAUUAAAACCAGUGUAGUGUAAUGGAUGUAGUCUUGGGCCCAAAUUUGAAUCUCCACUCUGCCAAGAAAAUUUGCUGAUUUAGGCCCACAUGUUGUCUCAGCCUAAUCUACCUCACAAUGUCAUUGUGAGGAUAAAAUGGAGGGAAGGAAUACAGUUUCCUUGGAGAUCAGACAGUUACUUUAAGCUGCCGCAAUGGGUGAACCUCAGCAAGUGAGUGCCCUCCCUCCUCCUCCAAUGCAGUAUAUUAAAGAAUACACAGAUGAAAAUAUUCGGAAAGGUUUGGCUCCUAAGCCUCCACCACCUAUUAAAGAUAGCUAUAUGAUGUUUGGAAACCAGUUCCAGUGUGAUGACCUCAUUAUUCGACCAUUGGAAAGCCAAGGCAUUGACCGUUUGCAUCCCAUGCAGUUUGACCAUAAGAAAGAACUGAGGAAACUCAACAUGUCAAUCUUGGUCAAUUUCUUGGACCUUUUGGAUAUACUGAUAAGGAGUCCUGGAAGCAUAAAACGGGAGGAGAAGCUGGAAGACCUCAAACUACUGUUUGUUCAUGUGCACCAUCUGAUAAAUGAAUAUCGGCCCCACCAAGCCAGAGAGACUCUGAGGGUCAUGAUGGAAGUGCAGAAACGUCAGCGUCUGGAAACUGCUGAAAGGUUCCAGAAGCAUUUAGAGCGUGUUGGUGAAAUGAUCCAGAACUGCCUGACCUCUUUGCCCGAUGAUUUGCCGCAUUCAGAUGGAGGGAUGAGGAUAAAAACUGAACCCAUGGACACAGAGGACAACAGCAGUUGUCCUGGGCAGAAAGAACAGCCGAGGGCAAGUUCUAACAUCAAGAAGGAUCAGGUUUUGGAUAAAGAUGCUUCCAUGUGCAUAAUUAUUGAUGAAAUGACAUGAAAGGGGGCAUUGAUAUUCCCUUUGUCACCAUAAUCUUGUGAAUAAGACUGAAACUGAUGCUAAAGAGUUUGAAUGCUUUUUUUCUUCUGUGUUGCCUUUUUAUAGCAAUAAGCAAUCAUUGAACAUAGUCUGUAAGAGACAAUAAACCCAAAUGACAUAUUUUUGUAGCUCUUCAGUGUGUACUGUUUUUUUAAAUUUGUCUUUAAAGAAAAAAGUGUUAAUAGGUUAUUGCUCUAUUGGGAAAAAUUAGUCUAUGUCACUAGCACUGAAGCAUCAUUAAUCAUUGCUGAGCUUCCAUUGUUACUUGUUUUAUUCAUGCAUGUGAGAAAUGCAGCAACAAAUUUGAAUCUCUGCUGAUUUGUCUUUGUUGUAGGCAAAGGAAAACAAUAUGCUGCAGUAGUGCUGAAGUUAUAUGUCCUUAUAUACAGUUAUGCACAAUUACAGUUAUGCAUCUGUAAUUUCAGUUAACCUCCAAGUGUGGGUACAUUAGUUUCCAGCAAAGGCACUUCUGUACUUAGAAAGGUUUGAGUGUUUACAAUAACCUUUUUAUAUUUUAAAAAAUCAAAUAUUGACUGUCUGUUCAGAAGAAUAAACUUAAAAAUAAUUCAGUUUUGAUAUAAAUUUGUCUUGAAUGCUUUGUGUGUCCUCCACACCAACUUGCUUGGAUCCUACUGAAUAAACCCUACCAUUUUCAUGUGACUGCA